UGUCUUCCCCGCUUUUGUGUGAAAGUAAGGACGUGCCUCGUACAGCUCCUUUAAAUGCCGAUUUAGGGUAGGAAAUAAUCCAGUUUCAGAUUCAGCAGCUUCGUUUUGAAACGAACAAGUUCAUUGCUGGGAUGGCUCUGCCACCUCCAGAUCCCCAGUUUGUGCUCAGAGGUACCAGUGCUGCCAUCCACACUCUGCACUUCUCCUGUGGAGGCCGAGAACCCGAUCCCCCUGUUCUGUUCUCUGGCUCUGAGAACGGGCUCAUCCAUGUCUGGAACCUGAAAACACACAGAGUGGACACAGCACUGGAUGGCCAUGGACGAAAAUCUGUCUACUGGGUGGAGACAAUGGGUGGUAAAGACAGACUCCUCAGCCAGGGUCGGGACCAGAGGAUCUGCCUGUGGGAUUUAGCAGAGGGCCGGACCUCGGUGACGGACUCUGUCUGCACGGAGCACGUGGGAUUCUGCAGGUGCUCCCUGGUGCAGCUGGCCCAGGGACGCUGGCUGAUGGCCACGGCAGCCAAAGGCCUGCAGGAGGUUCAGGUUUUGGAGCUGCCAUCCAAGACGUCAGUCUGUACCUUGAAGCCAGAGGUGGGUGCCAAGCUGGGCAUGCCCAUGUGUCUGAAGUUAUGGCAGCUCAGCUGUGGUUCCCAACCCUUGCUUCUGGCUGGCUAUGAAGAUGGAUCAGUGGUCCUCUGGAAUGUGACAAUGGGAAAAGCGUUGAGCCAACUCAUUUGCCACCAGGAGCCAGUGAUGAGCCUUGACUUUGACUCGGAGAGGACCAAGGGGAUCUCGGGCUCAUCUGAAAAGGUGCUUCGCAUCUGGAGCCUCAAUGAGCAACAGAACCUCCAGGUUUACAAAACACACGAACUCGUCAACGCUGGCAUAUCUGACAUCACCAUCCGUCCAGACAAGAAGAUUUUAGCAACAGCAGGGUGGGAUCAUCGCAUCAGGAUCUUUGGCUGGAAAAAACUGAAGCCCUUAGCAGUGCUGGACUAUCACACAGCAACUGUCCACUGUGUGUCCUUCUCAGACCACAGGAACCCCCGUGAGAGGCUGCUGGCAGCCGGCUCCAAGGACCAGCGCAUCAGCCUCUGGUCACUGUACACCCAGAGCUGACACCUGCACCAGCAGGGACUGGGGCAGCACUCCUGGAACCCAAACCUGCAUGGAGGGAACUCGGAGCACCUGUCUCCAGGCUGAAGUGAGAGUCCCAGGUUAAUUCCUAAUGCUGCCUGUUUAAGCUGCAAAUUUUGUUUUCCAGAGAAGGACUUUUAAAAUCCAUAACAAGCAGAAAAAGGCCAGUCACAAACAAAGACACAGAACAAGUUGCUUUGGGUUCUGCUACAGGUUUUGCAACAGCUUUUCUUUGGCAGGUUGCUGAAAUAACUUGUGCCAUUAUCUCUUGUGAAAAAGGACUGGAAUCCCUCAAACUCUGGUGGGGGCAGAAUACAUCUGUUUGUAAGCCAUUUAUGUAACCAAGAAUUUGAAUCAGUGCAAAAUAUCACUCUUUCUUGAAAAUUUAUACCCAUUAAACCACCUCCAGUGGUUUCUCAUUGUCAGUUACUUUUUCUUCCCUGUAACUGAAAGGCUAUCAGAACAACCUUGAUUUGUUCACACUUCUGUCAAGUUUCUAACUUAAACCAACAGCCAGGAAUGUGACUAGGGACGGCCUUUGGCACUUAUGAAUUUCAUUAUGUCUCCUGUCACCUCAAGCCUCACAAUUAAUCACAAGAAAGAAAGGGAAAAAUCUUCCCCUGCACUGCACUGCAAAGCUUUGUAAAGCCCUUUCCAGAGCAGUGCUAAAUCCUUCCCACAGACUGACGAGCUGCAGCAUUUGAACUCAGCAAUCCAAUUAGCGCCCUUCUCCUUGGAGACUUCGGGGUAGGUAUCAGCAUGGCAAGUGUGGGAUUCAGCCACACAACUCCCAUUAACAUUUAGGGGAAGUGCUGGGGUAAAUCCCUACCCACACGGUGCAAAUGGCUCCGUUAACUUGUCAUCUCUCGGGUUGUGGAAGCUAAAAUUCAUUCACGGAGGGUUUUUUGUUUGACUCAUGAAGCAGCAUUUGCAUUCUUCUGAGGCAUUUUAGAUACCCCCCCGUGUGUUCAGAGCCACACCACUGCUGGAUUGGGUCACAAAGCUGCAGUGGCAACUGUGUCCAGGCUGGGCACUGUUGAUACUUAUUGGAAAUAAUUGUUUCUGCACUAUAAAGACCUGGAAAUCAAAGAAAAAGGCACCAAAAGUGCAGUGAACAGCAACAUCAAAGACUUCGGAAAUUAUUUCAGGACAAACACACAUGGAAAUUAAGGUCUGGGUCUGUUGCCCAGCUGUGCUUUGCAGGCAGAGAAUACUGCUGGACUGAAAGCCUUAAGCACCCAGCCUGGUGUUCUUUCCAUUAAAACAGAAUCAGGAUACUGUUGCCAGGCUUUUCUAAAUAAAACGUGGCCUUACACAUUUUGGAGUGUAAUGACAGUUUAAAUAAUGCAUUUCUUUGAUUAUUUCUUUACUAUUCAGUAGCUGCAUGGAGGAUCACAUUGCAGUUGAAAGUUAAAGCCUAAUUUUGAGUGAUCCCAAGUCAAGGGGAGGUGAUGGUGUUCAUUACAUCUACCAGACAGAGUUGCACAGACUAAGUGCUCCACCUCCACCCUCAUCCCCUCCCGCACAGAGGAGGAGCUGCUCCCACUGCACACACGGCUCCAGCCUAUGGAAUGAGGGGCUGUCUCCACAAAGCUGCUGCUGGAAGAGACCUUUUCUUUUGUUCUUUUCCCCCUUUCUUAAAUAAGUCAGAACUGACAAAAAACAAUACAAUGAAUAACUAGAGAAAGCACUGCUGAGUGUGGUCCAGGGACCCGUCCCAGGGAGUUGGCAAAGCUCCCACUGGGCUGUCCUGUCAGGACACACCACACUGGCCUGGGGGUGUGAGGGGGGUGCAAUUCCUGUCCAGCCUGCACUGCUGGGCAGUGCCCAGUGCCUGCAGGGUUACUGCUCAUCCAGCGGGAAAGGAAUCCGGGGCUCGCCCACCUUGGGCAGUGGUUACUGCAGGAAAUGAGGAGCCUGGUCCUGGCAGAGCAGUAAUUCAUCCUUUGGACAGGAAGGCUCUGUGCCACAGAGCGCAGUGAGAGCGUGGGGAAGCCGUUUCCAGACUGACUGAUGCAAACCUGCAGCACUUGGGGCAGCUCCACGCCCAGCACACCCUUGUUCUGAGUGCCAGUGAGGAGCACCUGAUGCUCCAGGGACACUGUGAGGUGCCAAGGCGUGGCUGGGCCGGGCUCCUGCUCCUGGCACAGCUGGCUCACAGCCACCCCUGCAGCUCGAGCCCUCGGGCCCCAGAGCAGAGACCUCUGCCCCUUACAGCCACUCAGCAAACAACUGCUGAUCAAACACUCUGCACUGGCACAGUGGCAGCCCCCUGGCAAGAAAGGAUUAAUACCCCGUGCCUUAACAGGAGCACUAUUAGAUCAGAGCCUGAAAGUCAGGAAUUCUGGAGUAUACUAUUUUCCCUAAAAAAUGCCAUUUACUGUCAAUGUCUGUGUCUAAAGUCAUUGUGGAGACUCAUAAGGGAUGUUUAGAUUUACUAAUAGGUCCUUUGGAAGAUACUCUUAAGGAUGAGUAUGUGCUGUCACAUCUAACACUGCCUUUUGCUGGGAGUUAAAUAUUUAUAUUUGUCUGAUUAGGUAGAGUUAAAAAUAAACUUAGUCAUGCAAGUACAAAUUGAAAAUGAGGGCAUGAACUGCAUCUCACUACCAGGCAGACACAGAGGUAAAGAAUUUCAUCAGCUUCAAGAGGAAGGACACAGGUUGCAGAGCUGCUUGCAAGAACAGACCCAUCCUAUACUUCCCAUUACAAAGCACUAUCCAGCUCAUACUUUUGCAUAUUACAGUUAAUUCAUUAACACUUUACAUCACUACUGAUUUUAUUUAAACACCCAAUAAACAGAUUUCUCUUUCACAUUAUAGUUUCCUUGAAAUGAGCAACCAGACUACAUUAGUUUGAUUUAGAGUUGAACCUAAAUGCCAUUGUUGAAUUGUGAAUUAGAAUCUUCUAAAAUUUUAUAUCCUUAAGGAACUAACCUGGACUUCCCCAAAGAAGAAUGAUUUCCAACAGGAAGGACAGUUGCUAUAGACUGUAAAACACAGUUGUCUGAGUAUAAUUGUAAAAUACAGUUGUCUGAUUGCAUCUAUUAAAGUAACAACUUUUUUAAUUAAAAAAAAAUAAUUUAAAGCUCGUUACAAUUGUGCCAUGAGCAUGGUUAUCACCCGAGAUUUCAGCUGACUUGCUCAGCAGGAAGGCUGUGAGUGAAGAGCCACCUUAAGCUGCUGGAGUGAGUUCUGGAAUCUCACCUGCCAGUAAGGAACAGGGCUAGCCUGUACCUGGUCUAAAGGAUUCAGGAGUGAAGGUGAUGACAGCUAAAUUAUUACAAAAGGCUUCCUCCCAAGAAUCACUGUCUUUGGCACUGUGAGAGGAAGAAAGCAACCAGCAUUCGUAAACUAAUAGAGAUAAAUCCCAAACACCAGCACUUGUGCAGCCAUUACAUGGAAUAUUUAUCACCACUGGAAUGAAUGGUGAUCUCUGACCCGCUAACAUUAUUUGCAAAUGAACCCAUUAGUUAAAUCCCUUUCUCUUAUCAGUACAUGAGCCAUAAAGCAUUGCAGUCCUAAGUGUAGAUGAGCAAGGAAAGAGGAGAUUAAUUGUAUUUGUAGUAAUGAGUGAAAAAGGAAGUAGGCUGGGGGCCUGCAAUGAGACAGUUGUUAAAUUUAGCCUUAUGCAAUGCAAUUGCUUCAGCAAGCCAGUAAAUUAUUCUCUGCAGCUUGACUUGGAUUGUUGCAAAGAUUUGAGUUUAAAAGAGCAGAUUUUUAUAGUUAAUACUGGUUUCUGGAGUGCUUUUUGUUUUUAGCACGUUUAAGAUGCAUCUACAAAGCCAACUUACAAAUUAAUAAAUCUUUCCUUUAAUUCAGUCUGCCAAGAACAAAGAUAGAACACUGACUACUGCAGGAGCCAUGUUAGUGAUGUAAACCAAAGGAGUGGGGAUUAACCAAGGAUUACCGAGCGCUAAAUCAAUGUGUUUCCUUUUCUGGCUGUGUGUCUGUGGUGUCAAAGUGUGGAUCAUUACAUAAAACAUGGCACAGGACUGCCUGGAUGGAACCAGACACUGUUCCAGCAGUGCUGGGACACACACACAGCUGGAUGUGGAAGCACCACCACUGUGCUCCCGAGGCAGUGACAGCCCUGACUAAAGCAGAAGGCACGGGGGGUUCUGUUGCUCUCCAGUAUCCUGAAAUUCCAGCCUGGGUCCCCCUUCUAGAGUAGUUUUUCCAAGUAAACUGGACUGUGUUUAUCCAUGUCCUACUCUUCUGGGGCAUGCUGGAGGUUUCCUUUAUAUCAUGAAGAAAACUAUCCAGAAUUAAGAUCAUACUGGGGGAUUUUGGCAGCUGUCACAGUAUCAAAUUAAAUGAAAACAUAAU